ACGCCAAAAUUUCUUUAUCAGAUUUUGCACAAAUAUUAGUCAUUUCCAAAAAAGUACGCACACACCAAAAUUUCUGUGCACACAUAUUACAAAAAAUUAGAGGGAACAUUGGUCUCAACGCCCUAUGCUGAUAUUAUGAUAAAUAACUAAUUAAUCGCCUUUAUAAUAUUUAGUAACAUUGUGAUUUGAAAUUAGUAACAUAUUAUUAUAUUACUUGCAAAUUUUUAUCAUUUUAACGAGAUUUUUUCUUUUUUUGUUGCGCUUUAAAAUGCAGUUAUGUUUAUGAUUUAUUGAUUAUUUGGAUUAAAAAUAAAAAAAAUACUUCUGAACUAUCUUGGUGUUUUCUUGAAGACUGGAAAGAUGUCAAAAUUGUGCACGAUAUGCAAGGAUGGAAGACCAGUUAUUAAAAGGCCAAAGACUGGUGAUGCCGUCUGCAAGAAAUGUUUUUACUGGGCCUUUGAAACAGAGAUUCAUCACACAAUUGUCACUGGAAAUUUAUUCAAAAGAGGAGAGAAAGUAGCAAUCGGGGCUUCUGGUGGGAAAGAUUCCACAGUCCUUGCUCAUGUGAUGAAAGUAUUGAAUGAAAGAUUUGAUUACGGACUUGAUUUAUAUUUGCUGUCGAUUGACGAAGGGAUAACGGGAUACAGAGACGAUUCUUUAGAGACAGUAAAAAGAAAUCAACAGCAAUAUGAUUUACCAUUGAAAAUACUUUCAUAUGAAGACUUGUACGGUUGGACAAUGGAUGCGAUUGUGAAACAGAUUGGACUGAAGAAUAAUUGCACAUUUUGCGGAGUGUUUCGCCGACAAGCUCUCGACCGGGGUGCAAUGAUUCUAAAAGUUGAUAAAAUUGCGACCGGACAUAAUGCUGAUGACAUUGCAGAAACUGUAAUUAUGAAUGUUCUUCGAGGAGACAUCGCUCGAUUGAGGAGAUGCACUGCGAUAAAAACAGCUGAUGAUCCAAGCGGCAUUCCACGAGUCAAGCCCUUCAAAUACACCUAUGAAAAAGAGAUUGUAGCCUAUGCAUACUUUAAAAAGUUGGAUUAUUUUUCAACUGAAUGCAUCUACUCACCAAACGCUUAUCGUGGUCAUGCAAGAACGUAUCUCAAAGAUUUGGAAGCAAUUAGACCAAGAGCUAUUAUAGAUGUGAUACAUUCAGGAGAGUCCAUGUCAGUUCGCGAAGGAGUCAAACUCCCAACACAAACAAAAUGUGAGCGAUGUGGAUACAUCUCAUCUAAUGCUGUGUGUAAAGCAUGUGUUCUACUGGAAGGCCUGAACAAAGGUUUGCCAAAACUUGGGAUCGGAAAAACUAGCAAGGUCAAGCAAAGGCUCAAACAAAACAAGUUGAAGGAGUCUAAAGCCAUUGCCGAUGCAGAUAGCAGUACGAAAACUCCACUACCAGAAUAUUAUUGUUCCCCUAAUUCCAAGGAAUCAGAAUCAUCUCUGAAUGAAACAGGGACUUGUGGGAAGGCCGAGGGUUGUUGUUCUAAAGAGAAAGACUGUGAAAAAACUGAUGAAAAAAUAGAUUUGAAGACUUUGGACUUUUAAAUUUUUGUUUUUUUUGUGGUGAAAAGGGAAUAUUUGGGUGAAGUCAUUUACCCACGCUGGGUGUGACAAAUUGGGUGGCCUAACUGGAAAAAAUCCUGUCCCUCCCAAUGUGUGGAUUGAAAAUUGACUUAAACUGUUUUUUCCAACACAUUAUCUUUGUACCCAAACCAAGAUUAGGUUUAUUAAUUGUAGCAUGCAAAGUUUUAUGAUUUGUGGUGAAAAUGGAUUUGGGUUAAAUGCAGCUAUCCUGACAGCACAAAAGGCCAUGUGUUCCAAACUUGAAUCAGGAGUCAUUGGCAUAUUAUCCAUUGUUAAAUCAAGUCCGCUGCUUUCGCACAUAAGAAAAGUCUCAUCUUUGAGUGCAGUUGUGGGCACCCACUGAAAAACUGAGUGCUACUGGGACUUGAGUUAGUGGGAAAAACGUUUGUCAUGAAUAUUUUUCGAUUUAGGGGGUUUGCUGAAAGUAAAUGAGUUGUAACAGUGCAAUGGCUGAAAACUUUUCUUGUUUUCAAAUUACUGGUACCGGUAUUCAAAUUUUUCAUCCUGUUUUCUAUUUCAAGUAUAUUAAAGUGAUUUCUGUAUACUCAUUUUUUGACAGAUUUCUGAAAUCCUAAUUGUAAAAUGGUUCUGCUUCUUUUGCCUCUAGAUUUGAAUGUUUUGCCAUUCUGUUUUAUUGCUCUCUACCUCCCCCAAGUUGUACUAUAAUGCCUACACAUCCAGGCCUGUGUAAAACAGGGAAAAUUUACAAUCCAUUCCAGGUUGAUUUUUCAUCCAAAUUGUGAAAAUUUAAACUCAGACUUCAGCUCCAAACCACAUGGAAAUUAAAUUUCAAUAACAAACCUUCUUGUUUAUGCUGGCCUUGUAAAUUUAUUGCUUUUUCAGUUUUUUUGGAAAAUUUUUGAUUUCUUACAUCACCAUGGAAAGUCUAAAAUCUUGACAAUCGUCUGGCGAAGUCAGAAUUUUAAUCCCUGAGUUUCGGGUCUGGGAGAAUAAAAUUUGACUUUUCACAGGGUAAAAUAAAGCCAAAACCUCGUUCUGCAGCUUUGAUCGAUCUAGUAUUAAAGCCUUCUUGUUGACUUUUCUUUUGAAAAAAACAAUCUUCGUUUUACAUGCUGAUUCGAAGUUCGUGUAAUUAAUCGCCAAAUCUUUUUUUCUAGAA